AUCGCUCUCACCGUACCAACAUAUGUCCGCAAUCCUAUGAGAUGUCAAUAAAGGACGGACCAAGAGCAAAUAAAUCCCCCAGACAAUGGAUAUUUCCUCUCUCAGCACUACAACAAGCACCUACACCGUAUCCGGUCCACAAGUUUCUAUAUGAUUUGGCGAGAGGCGUAGAGUUCCUGUAUAGGCUCGGUACUUCGCUAAAGUUACCAUCUCCUGCACUUUUUACUGCUGCAACCUGGCUACAUCGGUUUUACAUGCGUUAUUCCAUGGAAGAUUUUCAUCGGCAGGACGUAGCAGCGUCGUGUAUUUUUCUUGCAACCAAAACUGAGGAGUGUGGGCGGAAGCUGAGAGAUGUGGCAGUCGUUUACCAUGCGAAGGUCUCAGGGAUAGCCGUGGACCAAAUACCGACGGAUUCCUCGGAAGUCGAUCAGUACCAGAGUAACAUCCUCCUCACAGAAGAAUAUUUGCUGGAAGCCAUAUGUUUCGAUUUCACUGUUGAAAGCCCCCAUGCCGACCUCGUCGAUUUGUUCAGUGCAGGACCGCAGGACCUAGUAUUACAAGACUAUGCUUGGACGCUUGCUCAUGAUUCAUACCGAACUCCACUGUGUCUCUUCUUUCCGCCGUUCAUAAUAGCGGUCGCGUGCUAUACUCUCGCUCAACGUCUGGCGGAUGGACCCAACUCGCCUUCCCUGGAUGCACGAAUAUCAUUCGCAGCGCCCUCUGCGUCUUUACCCACUCCACCGUCACAUAAAGCUGUUUCACCAGAUCAGACACGUUGGGCGAUUGAUUUCUUUGCGUUGACAGAGGAAGGGUUGGGUGAUGUCGCUGAGGCGUUGAGCAUACUUCUCGAAUUCUACUCGUCACAGAACUUGACGGCUAAUCCACAUCUCGCCACUGUUGCUUCGGUUCGUGGUCUUUUUUUUUUCUCUUGUUUUUUUCUUUCGGGCCCUGGUGCAUGAGACUGAUAGCCUUUCCCCCCGAGUUUAGAUACCACCACCUACGGUGGCGUCAAAUCGAGAGCGCCUUUAUUCGCCUGUCAGUGUCAAUCCUCCUCAUCCUCCACCACUUGUGGAUGGACACACCAAUAACGAUGUUUCCGGUCGGACUCCUAGCUCGUCUCAUGGUGGGAAUACACCUGGUAAAGUGCUUGGAUAGCUUGGGGCGAAAGAGCUCAUAGGGAUUCUAAUCGUUACCGAAGCUUAGUCGCGGUAAUGGUCAUUUUUGAUGUAAUGAUGUACAUUAUUCACUUAUGAACAACCGACAUAACUGUUCUGCAG